AUGAGUAAUAAUAAUGCUGCUUUUUCGGAGUCAGAUUUACUUAUAUGUCCAAUUACAUAUCGAUUAUUUCAUGAUCCGGUAACGGCUGAAGACGGUCAAACGUACGAACGUCAAGCUAUAGUCGAUUGGAUUCAACGUACAGGUGUUAGUCCGAUUACUCGACAACGUCUCACUAUUAACGGAUUAAGAUCAAAUCAAAAAGUAAAAAAAUUAGUUGAAGACUUUGAAUUACGAACAAAAUCGAAUAAAUAUUUGUUCAGAGUUGAUGUUGAUGUAAGAAAAAAAGGUAAUCGACCACUGUUUAAAGUAACCGGUAAGUGCAUAUGGAGAGCCGAGUGGUUAAACAACACAAAAAAUGGUCCAAGCAUUGUUUUAUUAAGAAUUAGUGGUGUUCGAGCUCAAAAAGAAGCAUCGUUUUAUGUUGAAUUAAGCAAUCAUCCACACGUCGUACAUACAUAUGGUCUUGUUGACGAUUUGUACACGCAAACAUUACCGGAUUCCGUGACAUUGCUGCAAGAAUAUGCACCAGAAGGAAAUCUAUGCGAAUUACUUCAGGAACAAACAGAAGUACCGAGCGAUACUGUCCUUUUUGAAAUAUUUAUUCAAAUUUCUGAUGCAAUGAUCUUUCUUACUAAUAAAUGUAUUAUUCACGGUGAUUUAGCUUGUCGUAAUGUUCUCGUAUUUCGUUUUGAUGCGAAUGAAGCACAAAAUAAUUUGGUAAAACUGACCGAUUUUGGUCUUAGUCAAGCAAGUACAUUGUACACAUAUAUUGAUAAUUCUGCUAAAAGCCCCAGAGAUAUUAUUCCAGUACGAUAUGCAGCACCCGAGAUACUCAUCGAUAAUUCUCCAGAAUCCUAUUCAGAACGAUCAGAUGUGUAUUCGAUGGGUGUACUCAUGUGGGAAUCCUUUUCCAAAGGAGAAAUGCCAUGGUCUCUCAUUAUAAAUGAUGAUGCCGUUUGUCAACGUGUGAUAAUUGUGGAACAUGCAAAUAUUACAUCGAAUUAUAUUGCAAUCACUGAUGAACGUAAAAAAAUACGUGAAAAACGAAUAACUCCCGGUGAGAGAUUAAGUAAACCAGCAGUAUGCAAUGAUGAGAAUUGGCUUUUAAUUUACAAAUGGAGUGAAACAGACGACGUUGUAAUACCAUGCGAUAUAUGCACAAAAUUAAUAUCAGCAAAUGUUUACAAAGAACAUACUGAUUCAUGUCCAAAUAAUCCACAAAAUAUUAUCAAUAACGUUGGUUUCUCGUCUACACCAUCGGCUAAACCAACUGAUUCGCGGCGUCAAAUAGAUAACACAAAUAUUGAGUCCAAAAGUGGAUUCAUGCACCAAUUGUGGGAUCAGAUACGUUCUUGUAUGAGUUAUUUACGACGCUCAUGA